AGUUACUCGCUGCGCAGUGUCUGCUCCCAGGUUCAUCCUUUUCCUUCUAGCGACUAUGAAUCAAUCUUAGCGCUUGUCUUUGUGUUUGUGUGUUAGCGUUCCACAUUAUGUACUAUAAAUUAGCCUUGAAGGACAAUGGACUUGCCAAAGCUGAAGGGCGCCGUUGCAUUUGGUAUUUCGACUAAGAACGACAUCUUCGAGAAAGUGCACGAUGAGUUCAUCGACAGCCUGCCCGGCAAAGAGAGGGCUUACUUCUCCAAAUGUUCCUCGCCCGAAGAACUGCUAGAGACGCUCAGGAACUUCAAGAUACUGUCGACAAAGCGCCAAAAGAAGACCCUGAAUCGUUGUUUGGAUGUAGUGAAGCGUUUCAAUGACAAGCUUCGCCCUUAUUUCGAUGCCAUCAACGUAAUAGCAAGUGCGAAUGAUACAGUUGCGGUUGCCUAUGGAGCUAUCCGGCUCGUACUCGAGCUUGCAAGUGGCUUUCCCGCAUUUUUCGAGAAGCUCAUAAUUGUGUUGGAGAAAUUGUCCGAUACGUUUCCACAGUAUUCUGCCAUCGUCGAGCUCUUUGAGGGUACCCCUCCCACGCGCAUCCGUCGACACCUGGAGAGCGUGUACAUAGACCUGUUCCGGUUCAUACAAAUGGCCACGAGAAUCUUCACUGCCUCCAGUGGAAAAGUGAAACGUCCCUUGACUAUGAUUACGACUGUCAUAUGGAAACCCUUUGACGCACAAUUCAGUAGCCUGCUAGAAUCCAUGGAAGUCCAUCGCAAUUUCAUUCACGCCGAGCUAGAUAUUCAUCAGGCUCAGCAGGCAAAGGAUUCGGAGAGGGCUGCUGCGAUCGAACGACAACGCGCAGAAGACGAACGACAGAGGGCAGAUGCAGACAGAAAACGAGCAGAUGACCUAUUCAAGCAGACUGAGAGAAUGAGAAAGGAACUGGAUUCAGAGCGUAGAGAGUCCACCGUUCAGCGCAUACUGAACUGGCUAGCUCCCCCACAAUUUGCUCAGGUAUUGGAAAACAGCCUAGAGCAGCGUGAGGAAGGUACAUCAGAGUGGAUUUUCGAAAGUCAGGUCUACAAAUAUUGGGCCAAGUCCAAGCUGGAUAUUCAAGGAGAUGUGAAGUGGAGAAGAAUGCCGCCAUGGGUUCUGUGGGUUCAUGGCAACCCUGGAUCUGGGAAGACGAUUCUGGCUGCAUCCGUCGUCGAAGAAGUUUCCGAAUCGAUCGUCUCCGAACUCCAAAAUCAUCAAACAUGUUACUUCUUUUUCAAGCACGAUGACCGAAACAACUCGACUCUUGAUGCGGCCUACCGGUCUAUCUUAGCGCAGAUUUUGCACCGUAGUCGAAACGCGGACAACAUACUAGACAUAUUCGUCUUCGCAAGGGUUUCAAUGUCCAUGCUAUCUGGUCAGCAAAUAGCAACAUCGAAAGAGCUUUACGAGCUUAUAAGGCUGCUCGCUAGCGACAUCGGUAAUUUGACUCUUGUUCUCGACGGUAUCGAUGAGGCAGUACAGCCGGAAAUGAUGUGCCCCCAUUUGAAGGAGCUAGUAACGGCAUCUCCUAUCAAACUCAUAAUGUUCAGUCGACCCAACAUCAACAGCCUCCAUAAGCUAGUCGACCAGACGAAUCGCAUUGCUGUGAACAGAGAAGCCAUGAGUCCAGAUAUAAGAAUGUUUCUCGAACAUCAACUACAAGACUUCGUGGAGAAUGAACAGCUUCCAGACUCUGCAAACAUCGAGGAACUAGCGGAGGCGCUACUCCACGGGGCGGAUGGGAUGUUCCUGUGGGCUAAGCUGAUGAUUAAUUACCUCAGCUCCUUCACAUUGUCUCCGCAGCAACGCUUGGCCACGAUCAACAGUGUGCAUUUUCCGGAGGGAUUGAACGCUAUGUACGACAGGAUACUUUCACUGAUCACCACAGCUGACACACUUCACAAGGAUCUGGCCCGGCGCAUCUUACUUUGGCUCAAUAACGUAGCAGAUGACUCGUUGCUGACUAGCAAAUUUCUACAUGAUGCUAUCAGUGGCGAUAACGAUGAAGAAGUACCAGAAGACUUCGCUUCCACCGUCGUCUCCGUCUGUGGCGGUCUUGUCGAAUAUAGCCCCCAAACAGUAUUCCAGUUGACUCACAUCACAGUCAAGGAGUACUUGAGGGCCUUGCCGCAGUCCAAUCUGAAAACGGACCUCAUACCCAACAAGCCUGCAGCUCAUGCAGAGCUCACAGCAAGGUGUCUCCAACGGGUAUGUGCCCACGCCCCCACAAGACCUCCAACAAGGGACUCGGGAGCUUUGUCACGUCUAAGACUGCUGGAAGGCACAUCUUUCAGUGCAUACGCUAUCAAACACUGGUCUCUACAUCUGAUGCAUCUCAGUAUUGGCUAUAUCCAACAACCCGACCACGAGUCUACCUUCAAAAUGUCGGAUGCAAUCUGCAGCUUUUUAAGCAACCCAUUAGCUAGAGCUGCCUGGAUCGAAGGAAUCUAUAGCCAGGGAGCAAACAUGAAGUUGUGUACAUCGCAGUUGAGAGACUGGAUUUGCCUCCCACACUCACUUCGUUUGCAAGAGACAGCUAACCGUCUUGUCGAAUUUUCGGAAGAUCUGGAUGCGAUAGAUGGCGACUGGCACUGGAAGCUUCUUCAAAACCCGGAGAUGAUAUGGACUGACGUUCUUGUCUUUCCUACCUCUCGAUUUGCAGCCGAGCUUGCAAAAGUACUGGGAGCGGCACAGGCUACAACCGUGAAACCUCUUGCCCCCACACACGACAAUGGAGAGGUCAUCCAGUGCUUGAGUAACAUAUCUUCACUUACUAGCGACGGGGCCAUGAUAGCCACACUCAACAUUUACCCGUCAUCUUCAUUCGAGCGGUUCUGGAAGCAGAUUGACCCAAGUACAGCCUACGAAGAAGCAGAGCAAUACUGCUCCGAUUGGAGGGCUGUAUACGAGAUCUGGUCCACUGAAUCCAAAGUUCGCAUAGCCAGUGCUACGAUUGCUCUUUCAGAAUCUGAGAUACGCCUCCUCAUCCGGCAGUCCUUUCGCCAGAAUCCAUACAAAUUUCAAGACCCACGCAGCAGAAAGGGUGUUAUACCAUAUAGUGCGUUAGACGACAGAAGCUUUGAUACUUCAUUCCCCCUGGCCAUGGGUCCCGACUGCCUCACCUUCUCUAUUUUGAGGACGGUCUAUAAUAUCACACCAGGACACCCGGUGGCCGGUUGUACCAGUGACUCCUUCGUGCUUCCGCUGGAGGUUCUGCCUCACUUUGAAAGCAGGUGGGGCUCUCAUCUAGCGACCUUUGAUCCGGACAAUUUUGCUUUCUUACCGCCUAAUGAUCGCGUUGGCUGGCGCGAUUGGUAUGCCUAUUCUGUCUCUUUUAGCGGCACGGGGGAAUACAUCGCCUUCGCAGACUACCAAAUGCCUUGCAUGACGCACUUGGUCAUUUUCGAGAUUAUCCGAGAACCAAAAUUCUGUGCUCGUCUUCUUCGGUCGACCAUGAUUCGAAGAGGUCAACCAUGGGUGAAGGAAGUAAUGUUUCACAAGGAAUCUCCGCUCGUCGCUUUUCUCUCCGAGAACAAGGUAUGGGUGUGGGAAUUCCGCAAAGAAAAUGCUGAGCCAGUAUGUCUCCAGACGAGCAAUACUUUGCCCGGUCGUUUAUUCGAGUCUUUGACCUUUUCUGCCUGCGGCAGGUACCUCCUCGCACGCGACAAAACCGAUGUUGAUGUGUUACCCAUACCGAAGGACAUGCUAGCUUUGAAGACCAUCGCACAACCCACGGAUUUGGGUGCCGUGCAGGCUACGAUGGACACUGCUUCAACCGUGCAAGAAAGUCAACAUCGGGACUUACAGCUCAUGGCAUUCCGUCCUGGGAACCUAAUUUCAGACUCGCACCUUGUCAAGAUGGCUAGUGAGUCGAAUGGCUCACAGACUUUGCUUGUGACAACUAUCGACAAUGAGCUUAAAGUAGAAUCGAAACAGCUAGGUGUAUCUGAUAGAAGGUCAUACCUCCAAAUUCUGUCGCUGCCAGAGUCCUUCAACACAGAGAACACUGCCGUUAAUCUUCAGGUUCCCACGUCAUCGACAGAAUCCUUGCGUGUUGUCUUCAACAAGCGGGCAGCAGAGAGUUACAGUCUCAGUGAUGGCAGAACAAGCCAGUAUCCAUCGAUCGUGGAGAAGAAGCUUACGUCUAUUACCCAAAUCGAAGAGACUGUUGAGCGCCACCGACCUCUGCUUGAAGAUGAGGUUGAGCCGUCAUACAAGCGGGCUAAAAUAGAUUUUGGCCAUGUCGGCAGCUCAAGGAUGUUUCCGAGAAUUGAAUUCUGCGAGGAUGAUCGUCAGUUGGACAGUGAAUACCAGUCCCGACCGUGAAGUCCUCGCGUACUUUUGCAAGCAGGGAGGAUUGCACAUGGGAUCUUAGCUUUGGAUGAAUGUGCAGCGGUUCAAGCAGACAGGCAAAUACUUGAAACCACGA